CUUUGUGACGUUGUGACGUUUUGGCGGGGGUGCCUCCAGCUGAUCGGAUUACUGUUUGUGUUGCCGGGCCGCCCCAACUUGGGGACAGCUGCCGAAAGUUCUGUACGUGUGUCUCUCUUGUGUUCUUUGUGGGUGAAGUGUCCUGUGUGUGUGUUGUGUCUAUUCCAACUCCACAAGGGAAGGGGUGGACUGUAACAGAUUGGUCGUCGAGCUUUCACCGAGCUUCCACGAGCUUUCACCUUUGUUUCGUCGAGCUUUCACCGAGCUUUCACCUGUGUUUCCUCGAGCUUGCACCUACUCAUCACGAGUACGGCCCGGUGUGUUUAGACCCUCUUUUGUUUGUGCGUAUUGGCGUAGAAAAGAAAUCCUUGCAACUGUGGCGGUGUUUCCCCGUGCAUGGCGUUUCAUCAAGCAUCGGGAUCGGAUCGAACUCGGGAUCGAGCGUCGGGAUCAGAUUGAACGCGGGAUUGAGCAUCGAUCGGAUCGAACGCGCAAUCGAGCGUCGGGAUCGGAUCGCACAUCGGGGUCGUAGCGCAAUUGGGGCCAUAUUUCAUUGUUGUGACUCAGCGUUGGAUUGGAUCAAGGAAAGGGACUUGUUGGUUGCCUCGGCGGGGGACACGUGUCAAACGUAAGCUGCGGGCAAAUCAUAGUAAACAGCUGCUGCCUGUCUUGCACAGGACUUGUAAGAGACGGAAACGCGGAACAUACCUCCUCUCUUGACAGGUGAUAGGAACUGAGUUGACCAAACCCACACGGGCUGAGUAGGGCUUAAGUCCAUGUCUAAUGAUUGACUGACCCGAAGGACAAACCCUCCCAAGGACUGGUACAGACCGGCGGGCUGGCAUGGUAGGCCCAAAUUUCGAGCUGUGGGCUGCACAACCAGUUGUCUAAGUCUUGAAAGGACUUGCUGAUCGCGUCGUCCUGUCUGCGACGUUAAAGAAUUUCUGAGGAAUUAUGGGCGAUCUCCUUAAAUGCUUCCUGAUCAGCAUUGAAGUUCUGUAGUGACAGCUUAGCAGUAGUUAUCAAGGUUAGAGACCCUAGUUGACAGGGUUCUACACGGAUCCUGUAGUCCUCAGAGAGUCAUUCGAUCAAGUGGGUAGGUCUAAGUGGUGAGGAGUGGGACUGUUUUGUCGUGCACCUGACACCAUUGAUGACUACCCUAUGUACGACUUGCUCGUGGGGUUCUCCCUCUGGGGGACCCUUUGGCGUCUCCUUUUUCCGUUGGGGUUCUGGAACACCAUGUGAGACAAGGGGUGGUGCAGGGACCACCCCCUACACGGAGGAGUGGGAGGAGGAGGCCGCAAAAAUUUUGGCCGAGGAGAAGGCCAAGAAAGAGAAGAGGGAGGUGGUGAAGCAGGCCAAGGAGUUGGCCUUACUGGAGGAGCAGGCCGCAAACAAGAAGUUGGAGGAGGAAUUGGAGAAAUUGAAGAGGGAAGAAGAAUCAAAAUUGAAAGCAGUGGAAGCGAAAAAAGAACAAGAAGAGAAAAAGGUAGAAGAGGAAGUCCCCUUGAUCAUAAAGAUGUCACCAGAGGAAUUAGAGCCUCUGACAAGCUGCAAACAGUCCACUCUCGACUCUCGCCAGUGGAAGAGUGCGAAGGUACUCAAGGGAGUAAUGAAUGAGUUGGUAGUUGUCCCUGGCCAUGGAGUCACUGAGACUCAGUUGGUCCAACUGUUUUAUCGUGCUAUGCCUGAGCCCUUGCGCCGGCUCUUCUUUGAGAAAAGCAAGGAGUCCACUAUGACCUAUGAUACCUUGAGUAGGGAAGUAGUGGCUUUCGAGGCCCAGUCCAUGCCAACCACCACCUUUUGGCACAAGGAUCUGGACAAGGGCCAAAAAUGGAAGGAUCGUACCAUCUCGGGCCAAAUCAAGGCCAAGGAUCACUUGACCCUGACUCUAGAUGAGGGUGGUACGGAAGAGGUUCCAUAUAAUCAAAUAGAGUGGGGCCUAGAGGAGGAGGGCAGUGGCGAUAGUCAAGGAAGGACUUACGCUGCUGUCGCGGCUGGAGGGAGGUCGCAAGGAAGAGGAGCCGGGGCCAAGGGGGUCGGGCCUCUGGUGGUCGAGGAGAGGGCAAUCAAGGGGUUGGCAACAGAGGAAAUCGCCAAGAGGGAGGUAGGAGUCGAGGUCCCCCGCAAAACCGCUCUUGUCUCACUCGAUCACCUCCUAGGAGGGGUGGAUGGCACCCUGGCUUGCCACAAGGGAGGCCUUGGGAAGAUCUGGGCUUUUAUAACAAACAGUGCGGCAGAGGCGGAUAGACCAGGAUUAGUGCAUGUAUUGCGCUUGCUGUGGCCGUUGGGAGGGCUGGCAUACGUCGGGCACGCGGGGACGCCCCAGGAUGAUUUGAAGGUGGCCGUGGCCGGACCUUUGACACACAUUCCAAUGGGCUUAUUCUGGUUCGUGCUUUGGAUUGCAGCCAGUCGGGGCAAGCUUGCACUCAACUACUACGGCAACUUCUUCAUAAAUCUCGUGCGGGAUGCGACAUUCCUCAAUGUCAUCCUGUUUUGCUUCAACCUGCUUCUCCCAGCGUAUCCCCUUGACGGAGGUCGCGUGUUCAUCAAUAUCCUGCUUAUCUUCCAAGUGAGCACGCAGAAGACAGCAAUUGCAGCACUGUCUGUCUCCACCCCGCUGGCGCUACUUGUGAUAAUCUAUUUUGCACUUGCCGGAAACUGGCUGGGGAUGCUUGUCGGGUGUUGGAUCUUGCUUCAGAAUGUAUACCUGUUUAUGUAUGUCAAAGAUGGUCGGGCGGAUGAACACCCCCUCUUUGCCAGACAAGAGCAGCAGGAGAGGGCCACACAGGACAGUAUGUCUAUGCCUAUGCAGCAGAAGGUCUAGAGAGGGAGAGCACGAGACCCCUUUUUCGUAUGAUGGUAGGGUGGACGAUAACUCACUCCUUGCCAGACAAGACCAGCAGCAGCAAGCCGCACAAGACUGCAUGUCAGUAGCUAUGCAGGACAAUUGAGAUUGAGAUUUUGAGACUGAGAGAGAGAGAGAGAGAGAGAGAGAGAGAGAGAGAGAGAGAGAGAGAGAGAGAGAAGUCUACAGGCAUACAAGUCUGUUUUGCCAAUAGCCUUCGGUUCGUGUAUGUUUCGUUAAAUUUGGGUGCUAGCCGUGCUAGGUUUGCAGAUACCAUUUGUAGUUAUGGAUUUGUUGCAGUGCAGACUCCUCAUUGGAGAGCCUUCCUUUUCCUUCCCUGUUUGGUAUGUUGCCAGCACUUCGAGUCCGAGUGAAGUCCUGCUAUUUUUGAAGGCACUGUUCCCAGAGCAAUGCAAGUGUCUUCUCUUCUUAUUUACUGGGGGUGAUAUAUAUAUAUAAUGAAAUCAACUACCGAAA